UGUUCUGAACAUCAUAAAGGAAGAUUCCUCCAAAUUCUGCGUGCAAAUAGUUCAAAAAUUCAACGCGUCUUUCCACCGAGCGUUAUCCCACGCUUCUGUCAUUCCCGCUGUCAAGCAGCGAAGUUCAGAACAAAUUGGUGCUUGGAUAAAAAAACAGUGAAAAUAUCCAUGUCCGCGCAACAAAAAGAAAAUUGAAAACAUUAUCCAACACGACGAAAAAGGCGUACGCUUGCUUCACCGUACCUGUGCCCUCGGUGCUCGAUUUAUGCUCUGCACCCAGCAUUUACGUUCGUUAGUGCGCGCAUUAUAAAUAGUUACGCCGUCAGCUGCAUCCAGUGCCUAUCGGAAUCUGCUACAUUCAGUCGCAUACAAAAUGGCACGCUCGAUAAGUCCUGGAGGUUACUCGAACUACGACGACGACUCAAUGUUUCAGAAUGCCGCCUUUACGCACGACAUCAGUGAACAGAUGCGUGUACCGAAAAGGAUCCGUGCUACCGGAGAUUACUACGAUGAUCAGGAUUUGCUGCCGAACGGGAACGGUGAGAUUAAUUCGUGGAACUAUCACAACAAGAUCGAUAUGACCGUUCCGGAUCGUAUCGUGGUGCUCGGACAGGAUCAACAUUUGGUUCUUACAUCAGGCACCAAAUCAGCUCCCCGUGAAAUAAUGCUGGAGAAUUCCAUUCUACCCAAGGAUCCGGGGUUCGUACGCGUCUCAACGCCACCGCGCGUGAUCACGCUUUCCGAGCAUCAUUUUCCCUCGGCUUCGGAUGAACCGGAAGAGAAUGCCAAAGACAACAACCAGGAGGAUAACUAUGGACCGGCCUCGUUGGAAUCGAUCGAGGAUCCGCACAGCAGUAAUGCUUACUUCUCCAGACCAACUGUAUCACACAGCCGUGAUCCUGUUAAACGAUCCGCAUUUUCAAAAUACAACAAUGAGCUCACAUUAACCAGAAGCAUGCGUGAAGAAACGCCAACCUUUGGUGGUAGUGUCGAGAAUUUGACACCUUCAGAGGAACUGACGCACCUUAGACGACAGGUAGCAAAGAUAAAUCGCCGUCUGUUAGCGGUAGAGAUCGAUUCCGUACAAAGGCAACAGAGGGAGAAAAUUAUGUACUGCGUAGGCAUGGCUUAUUUCCUGUUCAAGACAUUUAUGUGGCUCAGCAGGAAGUAAAUACAAACCCUGUUACAAGGUGCACUACCAAACUCUAUGGUGGCCAUACAUACUGGUGCCACCAGCAAGCAUAAUGGUGAGUGCAUGUUUGAACAGCUCCAACUAUUGGAGCCUAAGUAUGGCACAAGCAUAUGAGCAUUCAACAAAACGUACGUUGGCCGUCAUUGAGUGCAAAAGGCGUGUGAGGACGGAGAGCAGUUGUCGGUCGAUGAUGCGGACAAAAGAUGCUUGCACGAAUCGAACUUUUUGAGCAGUUGGUUCUGGGAGGGAAGUGGUUUAAUUUGUGUGAAUAUAGGACAAGGUGUCUUUGUCAUAAAUAUUGGUGAUUGUGAAGGAAAUUGCUAUAGGAGGGCAAUUGUUUACCGAAUGAGUCAGGAGCAAAAGUAUUUUCCAUAAAAAAACCUGAGUGCUAGUUGAUUAGAUUUCCCAUUUUUACGUUCCCUGGGAGUAGCGAUAAAGAGUAGUAAUUUUUUUUAUUACAAAUUUUUAUUCUUUCUUCACUGACCCUAUGAACGAGAAUGAUUUUUUUUGUAUCGAUGAUAUUUGUGUUCUUUUUAAGUUAUUCCACGAAACUUAAAUACACGAGCGUUAGGAUUUACAAACUCAUGAUGUAGCAUGCAAAUUUGCAGAAAAUAUAUAAAUAUCGUUAUGAAAUAAAUUAA